UGACAUCGCAGGGCAGCACUGCAAUAUCCAUCGUUUCGGGACCGAAGAUUGUCCAUCUGCAUUCUCGCAAGACUGGUGCCACCUGUACAUAUUAAUCCAUACCAACUGUGUCAUUCAAGCAAUCAUGUCCAUGGGAAGCGACUUUGGGAACCCUUUACGGAAAUUCAAACUUGUUUUUUUAGGGGAGCAAAGCGUUGGGAAAACAUCGCUGAUAACAAGGUUCAUGUAUGACAGUUUUGACAACACUUAUCAGGCAACCAUUGGAAUUGACUUUUUAUCAAAAACCAUGUAUCUGGAGGACCGAACUGUGAGGUUACAGCUAUGGGACACCGCAGGGCAGGAGCGUUUUAGGAGUCUUAUCCCGAGCUACAUUAGAGACUCCACAGUGGCUGUGGUGGUGUAUGAUAUCACAAAUGUCAAUUCAUUCCAGCUAACCUCCAAAUGGAUUGAUGAUGUCAGAACAGAGAGGGGAAGUGAUGUCAUUAUCAUGCUGGUGGGCAAUAAAACAGACCUGGAAGAAAAGAGGCAAAUCACUAUAGAGGAGGGUGAGCAGCGGGCCAAAGAACUGAAUGUGAUGUUUAUCGAGACUAGUGCAAAGACUGGCAGCAACGUUAAACAGUUGUUUCGGCGAGUGGCUGCUGCUUUGCCUGGAAUGGAGAGCCUGGAUGAUAACAACAAAGAAGGAAUGAUUGACAUUAAGCUGGACAAACAGCCAGAUCCUCCGGCCACUGAAAGUGGGUGCUCCUGUUAGUAGAAAGCAGUUCGGACCUUCAUUAACACCACAUGCUUGUUCUGUUGCUUCCUAUGGGUCCACGUCCAGUUGAACUUUAUGAUCGGAUAUAGGCUUUUUACAUCUGAAUGGGUCUAAAAUUAUAUUCCUCAGUUGCAAGAACAAAAAAAAAACCUGCACUGUCUGUUUAAUUGCCAAAAUAAUAUCAUAAGUAAUUCAAAGUGACUAGCUAACAGAUUCAUAUAAGACAGGAAGUGGCAUGUGUAACAUCUUCGGACAUUCAGAGUGGAUUAUUGGUUGUUAUGUUUUGUAUUUUUGUACAUUACAAAAAGCACUAAAUGAUGCCUUCACAAAAAAAUGAGUUUAAGAUUCAAGACGGGCGACAGAGUAACUGUCUUUCGUCCAUAGCAUGCAUGUAAGACAACUUUUAGAAUCGGUCAUGUCCUUUGGUCCAUACACAUCAAUAGUAACGAAACGAAGAACUGAGAAUAAAUGAAAAAAAGAAAAAAGAGAGAGGUCCUGUUCAAAGUGUGGGUCUGUGUAUACAGUACAUCCUACAUGCUAAUCCAGUACCAGCCUUCAUGAGAGGUGUGUGUACUAACCCGGUUAACCUUUAAAGUGCCGUGGCACUGUUGCAAAGAACCAAUGGAUUUUUCUGCUAGCUUCAUGCAUACACUUUAGAUCCGCCAGGUGGUACUGUAUUGUAUAUAGUAUUUAUAUUAUUGUGAACAUCCAUCAUUUAGACGUGGUUUAUGUUCACUUGUACAAAUGUUGUUUUUUUUAAUAUGACAAGGGCUUCACUUUUAUUUUCUCGGUCUCACCUGUAGCCAUACACUGGUGGUAAAGUAUUACUUAUGGUUUGGGCAUUUUGCUGUUGCCUUAUACUGUUUUACUCAUCCACCAAAUUUUUUUCCUGAAAGAGUACAUUAUUCCUGUUAAACCCCUUUCAGAU